GUAUGAGUAGUGAUGUGGUACUGGUGGUUCGGUGGUUGUGUAAUUGUGUUUGAGAUGUUGAUGUUAUCUAUCCGUGUAAACAAACUAACGGGUUGAAGGGAGACUGAAGUGUGAAGACUGGCGGUAUAGCUGAGCCAAGAAAGGAAUUAUUGAUAUUGUCUGAAAUUGUUAGUUGUCGGUUGUUAUCUAUGAUGUUGAUUUCCGACCAAUUAAUUAUUAUCGGUUGAAGGGAGUUCAUGUAACUUAGAAAGCAAACUAAGAUUUAUGUCAAAUGAAGGAUACAUUUCAUUCUACAAUUAAAAAUCCAUUUUUGUGUGAUAGUUGCUAUGGGACAUUGGACCAAUGGUAUAAAGCGUGUGAGACUGAGGACGGUCACAAUAUCAGUUAUUGUAACAAGUUUAGUACUUUUAGUUUACCAAAUAAUGAUAAGUUACAAAAUAACUAGUGUUGAAAUAGAAGAGAAACCUGAAGAAAUGAGGAGUGCAAAAGUGGAAGUUUUAGAUGUAAAAAUUGCAAAGUUCUCAUCUACCUCACCAAAGAGUGAAAUAGACAUAAUGCCGAAGAUUCCUACAUUUAAAGGGACUCUGUUAAAAGAUAAAAAUUACAUUCCAAAUGUUAAUGGCAAGAUUUUUUGUGCUAUGGACUCAAUUGAAAUAGACAUGUCGAGAAUAAACGAUGAUUACUGUGAUUGUCCAACCGACGGAAUGGAUGAACCAGGGACAAAUGCAUGCGUGAAUGGUAGAUUCUUUUGUAACUAUCAGGCAGACUUGAGAAAUCGCCCAAAAUCUAUUCCAUCUAGUCGCGUGAAUGAUGGGGUAUGCGAUUGCUGUGAUGGUUCUGAUGAGUGGAACGGUUUUCAGUUGCCCAACCGUCUUGCAGAUGACAUUCAAAAGUCCUUGGGAAGAUUUCAGAGUCCAUGUUCAUACCACUGCUAAUAAGUAGCGAUCUGUGAUUGAAAGUGAAUGUUUAUAUAUUUUUAUCAGUUAAGUUAAAUGUAGGAAACUUAUGAUAGAAAAUAAAAGUACGUCAGUGAUU